AUUCGACAGGUAUACACCAAUAAAUCGAUCUUCUUGGACUCUGCAUUCUCAAAAUGUCAUUUCAGCUUUGUAGCCUAUCAUUUCACCAUCACUGGCAUCCUGCUCUGCAUUGUGCGACACGCAUCAAUUCUGAAGAUCACAACGACAGAGACCUGCGUGCUCUCGAUCCUCCCCCUCUCCCUCAUCAUGUGCGCCAAUAUCAUCUUGAUGAAUCUAUCCCUCGCAUAUAGUUCAAUCAUUUGCUACCAGAUCAUUCGCAUCCUCCCGACCCCACUAACAGUGCCCGUCAACCUCUUCUUCUACAGCUCCAAGAUCCCGGUCAACGCGACGCUCGCGCUCAUCCCGGCCUGCCUAGGCGUGGGGCUCGUCACCUACUCCAACACACUCUCACAGCGGUCAAUCCCGGCGAGCCAGAUCGCGCACGUCAUCGAUUCGACCUCCACACUGGGCAUCAUCUAUGCGUUCAGUGGGGUCUUCUGCUCGUCUCUGUACACCGUUUGGGUUGCGCAUCAUCACUCGCGCCUACACAUCUCGAGUAUCCAGCUUCUGUACAAGCAAGUCCCGUUCUGCGCUAUCUCACUCGGCGCCAUCACUUUGUUCACCGAUACAUUUCCGGAGUGGAGCACGGUCACCGCCCACCAGUGGUGCCUGCUAUUGCUGAGUAGUGGGUGCGCGUGCUUGAUCAGUCUCUCUUCGUUCCUCGUGAUCAACGGGGCUGAAGCGGUCACCAGCACGGUCGUCGGGCAGUUGAAGACGUGUCUCGUGAUUGCGUUGGGAUGGGUGAAGAGCUCGAACACGAUGGGCAAGGAGACUGUUCUGGGGGUGAUCCUGGCGUUGGCGGGCAUUGUGCUCUACACUGUGGUGAUGCACAGAGGCUCCCGAUAG